AUGACUAUCCCAGACGAUGCAUUCCAGCAGCUUGCCAGCGUCUUUGCUUCUCGAGGCAAUGAGAUCCUCGAGAUCGAGAUCAUCCCGCCCAGUCCAGGCUCCCCGUUUCUCCAAGACGGAUGCUCUAUCGGCAUCACCAAGAAACUACUAGUCCAGGCCUACACGGUUGCACGAAAGCUUUUCUUCAAAAGGCUCAUGCCCAUGACGGGGGAUGACUUGUUCGCCAAUCUCCCGAACAACAGUCAAAGUCACGGCAUCAUAUCAGAUCUCGUAACCACAGAGAUAAUGCUGCUCUUCGACUGCGAGCACUUGACCGCCUGUAACUGGCGCAAACGCCGACUGGUAGCUGCCCUUGCCCGCAGACACGAUGCUCCAGAUCGACGCUCCCAGUUGAUCCAGAUCUUGAAGACGGAGCUUACGCUAUUGCAGAGCUAUCAAUGCUCACCUUUACAUCGACAUACCAAGUCCCCUACCCUGUGGUCACAUCGACUAUGGGUGCUGAAGCAGCUCCUCAAACUCGAGGAUCAAAGCCCAGAAACUCUUUUGGCGCUGGAGCGCGCUGAGCUGGCCGUUGUCCUCCGCGCCGCAGAGCUCCACCCAAAGAACUACUAUGCAUUCACCUAUAUGCGACAGCUGCACGCUCUUCUCGCAAUGAUUCCUGUCGAGACGAAAGACCCUUCGAGCUUGGCAGUUCUCUUCGCGAAUAAGCUGGUGGAUCCAGUGUUGGACUGGUGUCUUGCCAAUCCACGCGAUAUCUCUGGCUGGUCCUUUGGGAUAUACCUACUCAGUCACGUCCCGGAACGACAGCUCCAAGUGGAUGCCGUUGGCAGAGUCCUUCGAUUCGCGCGGGACGUGGGAUGGGAAGGCGAGAGUCUGUGGACAUUCGUUGAUCAGGCGGUGCGCCAAUUUGAUCUCGAGAGCGUGGUGGAAGAUACGAUUCUCUACGAUAAAGAGGGACAUGAACCUGUACCUACCGUUGCCGAACCAUCUUCAACGAAGUGGCCAUGGCGAGCACGGCUGGCUAGAGCCAGGGCCUAUUGGGCUGUAUAUGGCUCCAGCCAUGAUCUAUGA